AUGAUCUUUUGGCUGUGGCUCUGCUGGGGCUUCUCCACCUCGACAGGACAGUCUGACUCGGAGCUGAUGGCGAGGUACCUGGAAGAGGAGCUGAUGGCAGACUACAGCAUCAUGGAGCAAGUCGCACGCCGUGUUCCAAGACAGGCCAAAUUUUUGCAGAGGCUGGAAACCAGGCCUCGGAUGUCUGAAUUCACUGUGAAAUCCACAAUCAUUUCUCGGUAUGCUUUCACCACGGUGUCGUGCACAAUGGUGAACAGUGGAUCUGAGGCACGAGAAGGUGUGUUUGAGAUGCAGAUCCCAGCUGCAGCCUUCAUCUCCAACUUUACCAUGAGCAUCGGCAACAAGACUUAUUAUGGAGAGGUCACAGGGAAAGAAAAAAAACACAGCAGUGAUGACAAAGCAAGGCAAAAGAAACCUCCGAGCCCCACAGAUGGAAGGGAGAAUGGCUAUGAGACAUUCAAAGCUUCUGUCUUCAUUCCUCGCAAGAUGCAGGCCAAGUUCCUACUGCAUUAUGAAGAGCUUUUGCAAAGGCGACUGGGAAAAUAUGAGUAUACAGUCAGCAUCCGGCCCCAGCAGCUGGUUGGGAGGUUACGAGUAGAGGUGAACAUCCUGGAGAACUCAGGCAUAGUUUCACUGGAAGUGCCUCCCCUUCGAAACAGCAAGCAUAAAGGCAAUGGGAAAAUUGAAGGUGAUGUUUCUCCUCCUCCUUCUACUGUAGUUGGACACACCAAAACCCUAGCUAAAGUUACGUUCAAUCCCACUGUUGUUGAGCAAACCAGGAUAGCCAGAAAUGGCAUUUUGGGAGACUUCAUAAUUAGAUAUGAUGUCAACAGGGAGCUGAGUGUUGGGGAUGUUCAGAUUCUUAAUGGAUAUUUCGUGCACUACUUUGCCCCCACGGAUCUUCCUCCAUUGCCAAAGAAUGUUGUAUUUGUGCUUGACAGCAGUGCUUCCAUGGUGGGAACAAAACUGAAACAGACCAAAGAAGCUCUCUUCACAAUUCUCCAGGAUCUAAGGCCUGAAGACCACUUCAAUAUCAUUGGCUUUUCCAACCGAAUAAAGGUCUGGCAGCAGGACCGGCUGGUGCCAGUUACUCCAAAUAAUAUAAGAGAUGCCAAAAAGUACAUUCAUAACAUGUCGCCUACUGGAGGGACUAAUAUUAAUGGUGCUCUCCAGACUGGUGCAAAGCUGCUAAAUGAUUACAUUGCUCAGAAUGACAUUGAUGCCAGGAGCGUCUCUCUGAUCAUCUUCCUCACGGACGGGAGGCCCACUGUUGGGGAAACACAGUCGUCCAAAAUCCUCAGCAACACCAAAGAUGCAAUCCGUGAUAAAUUCUGCCUCUUCACCAUUGGCAUUGGCAAUGAUGUGGACCACAAGCUGCUGGAGAGGAUGGCACUGGAGAACUGUGGCAUGACAAGGCAUUUCCAGGAAGAUGAGGAUGCAGCCAGCCACCUCAAGGGGUUCUAUGAUGAAAUUGGAACACCCCUUCUCUCUGAUAUCCGUGUUGAUUACCCUGAAGACAACGUAGAGCAAGUCACCCAGAACUUCUUCCCUAACUACUUCAAUGGCUCUGAAAUUAUAAUAGCUGGCAAACUCAUCAACCACACCUCAGAUAGUCUCCACGUGGAGGUGACUGCUAGCAACUCCAAGAAGUACAUCCUCCUCAAAACAGAUGUGUUUUUUUGGAAUGACAUCAGAGGUGUCCCCGGCCUGGAAGAUGGCAAAGGUGACAAAAAUUACAUUGAGAGGGCAUGGAGUUACCUCACCAUCAAGGAAUUGCUUAACUCUCGGUUGAAGAGUGAUGACGAUCAGGAAAAAGACUAUUUGAUGGAGAAAGCCAAGUCAAUGGCCCUGACUUACAAUUUUGUUACUCCCUUCACCGUUCUGAAGAUGAGAGAGGCUGGGCUCCAUUCAGAAACAUCUCAAGAGGAGUUUAUCAGCCCUUCUACUGAUGGCAUUGGUGAGAAGUUGCAGAGCUUGCAGGGACACAAGGCACCGCCAGGUAUACACAGACAGCAAGAUAAACAAAGAAUUAAAAUCUCCAAAACUUCAGCGGAUGGAGACCCUCACUUUGUCAUUGAUUUUCCCUCCAGCAAGUUCUCUGUCUGCUUCAAUAUUGACGGAGAACCAGGGGACAUUCUCCGACUGGUCUCUGAUCAUAAGGAAUCUGGUGUAACUGUGAAUGGGCAAUUAAUUGGAGCUCCUGCACCACCCAAUGGCCACAAGAAGCAUCGGACUUACUUCAGCACCAUCACUAUCCUCAGCAAUAAGCCAGAGAGAUCUUACCUAGAGAUCACACCCAGAAGAAUCAUCCUGGAUGAUGGGGAAAGACUUCUUCUGUCCUGUGAUCGGAGUGCUGUUGUGCGAACCAGCAGCCUUGAGGUGUCCAUCUCUGCCAAUUCCAACGUCACAGUGACAAUACGAGACACAAUCAGCUUUGUCAUCCUCAUCCACCAUUACAAGAAGCCAGCCCCGUAUCAGAGGAAUCACCUGGGGUUCUACAUCUCCAACAGCAAAGGCCUUUCUUCUGACUCACAUGGGCUACUGGGUAGGUAA